UCCAAGGCAGCCAAGUAAAUGGCGUCUCAAUUUGUUUUUUAUUCAUCAGAAAAGUGUUUCCAAUCUAUUACGUCGUCUUUUUAUUUGUAUUUAUUGAAGUGAUAUCGAUUUUAUUAGUAUUAUUAAUGUAACAUUGGCGAAUUGUGCCUAUUUCGUCGUGGUCUCACCAUUUCGUGUGAACAAUGGCGUCGAAAGAUUCUUUACAAUCCCGUGUAAAAGUUAGUGGAAAUCAUGACUCUAGUGAAUAUACUAACGGUGAAAAAGUUGGAGCAGAUGCCGGUGAAGGUAUUAAACGCCGACGAUCAAGUCAGGGUUGUCGAAAACCAUCGAAAUUAGGCAAUGACCAAAGUGUGCCAACUAAUUUGAAACAUGCAACAUCUAGAGAUUUCAAAGAGAGGAAACGCAAACUUAGCGGCGAUGCAAAAGAAUUAUGUGUUUGGGGCGAAAAUACACGACCGGCGAAACAAAGUAAGAUAUGGCCAGUUUUCGAUUCAGGUGGAUUUGGGGAUACGUCUAUACUUACCAUGCACAUCUUUCACAAGACACCACCUAUGGAGAAUCCCCUACUAUUCAACAGGACAAACCUUGAUGUCACACAACCAUUGCUAGACUGUAUUGGAGGUAUCAAUGCAUCGUGGAAGCAAACACAGUUAUCAAAUACAAUUCCACACGACGCUACAACAAAAAGGAUAUAUUCCUCAGUAUCAAGACAACUGAGAAUAAUCAACACUCAUUUCCUACAUGCAAUGUCAAAAUACAAAUACCCCAAAGUUACCCAAGCAAAUGUCUUAUUGGAAGGAAGCUCGAGACGGCUAUCAACUCAUUUCAACUUAUCACUCAAUGCUAUUAAAUUCCAAUCACCAAGGAGAGAAUUACCAUGUUAUGGAAAUUUGGAGUUGCCGUUUAAGAUAAAACAAGAGCGAUCAACGUCACCACAAAUGUUUGUAAAUAGGGUCAAAAUGGAGAUGGAGAAAGUUAAAGUGGAAAGGGAUAAGGAGAAGGAACGUGAGCGGGAAAAGGAGAGGUCUCACUCUUCACGCCACUCGUGUCAACAAUGCAGGCGUCGAGCGCGUGUGAAGCGUUGCUCUAUUGGUGUUCAGUGUAGAAGAGACAGAACUGCUCCCACUUGGGGUCCCUUGGCUUUGAGCUUGGACCUUAAAGAUUUGAAGUAUCAUCGACUUAUGCGUGUCGAAACACAUCUAAAUGGCGGCGCUAGUGUCGUUUAUUUACAUCAGAAUGAUGUAGAUAUGCUGGGACCAGUACAGCAGGAGGCAUUGGCUAAGGAAUUUCUUAAGCUGGUGUUCUCGGAAGAUAGUGAAGGCUGGGCACAUUUUGUGUGUGGAGUAGUUCGAGGUGCUGCGGGGAGAUUGCCUUGUCUCUUAAAAUAUCUCUCGGAACAAUAUCCCACACUCACUGUUAAGGCUGGUGUGUUAGCAAGAGCAUCAGAUAUAGAAACCACUACAAUUAGUCGGUAUUAUCAACAGGUCCAACAAUCAUAUCUAGCGGGCACAUUCCGUAGUGGUCCUCUGCAUCAGAUCUCCCUCGUAGGAACAGUCCAUGAAGAAGUUGGGGGAUACUUCCCUGACAUGCUGGAAAUGCUGGGCGAGUGCCCAUUUCUUAAUUUGACCAUGCCGUGGGGUCCAAUGGCCGCUGUUGAAAUGGAACCCCAGGAAUCGAACGAUGGUCCCAUUUUAUGGAUAAGACCUGGUGAGCAACUCGUACCCACUGCUGAAUUGGGAAAGAGUCCUAUCAAGAAGAGACGUACUGGUAUAAAUGAGCUCCGGAAUCUCCAAUACCUCCCAAGGUACAGCGAGGCUCGUGAAUUUCUAUUCGAAGACAGAACCCGCGCACACGCAGAUCAUGUGGGACACGGCCUGGAUCGCAUCACCACUGCCGCUGUCGGUGUACUGAAAGCUAUCCAUUGCGGUGAUGAGCAAGACCGCGGCAGAAUAACGAAGGACGUGGUGGCAUUUCACGCGGCAGACUUCAACAAAUUAGUGCAACUCUUGCAACUUGAUUUGUACGAGCCGCCCAUUUCGCAGUGUGUUACUUGGCUAGAAGAAGCGAAACUCAACCAAUUAAGAAGAGAAGGAGUUAGGUAUUCCCGUCUUCCUCUGUGCUCUGACGACAUCUACUUUUUACCAAGAAAUAUUAUACAUCAGUUCCGGACUGUGUCAGCUGUUACUUCUAUUGCCUGGCACCUACGUCUUAAGCAGUAUUACCCAUCAUCAGAAGCGUCCUCGCCGGCUGACGAGAGGUUACCACCCGAUGCACCAGUUGUUAAUAAUUCAGAAUCCAGUAAAACAUCCAAUCACAAGAGUGGGGUAAUAGAAAUGAGAGCACUUAGUGCUAAAUUUAAAGAAAAGUCUGAAUUAAAGAUAUCAGAGAGUAGAAAAAGCAUAGAUAAAGACAAAACUGACAAACGGUCUGACAAACAAGAUCGAUCCGAAAAGACUGAAAAGGAUAGACACAGACAUAAAGAUUCUGACAAACAUAAGUGUGAAAAAUCACAUAGAUCAAAUGAAAAAUCAGAUAGAUCAAGUGACAAGUGUGAUCGGUCGAAUGCAGAUAAGGCAGACAAAAACACGGAAAAAUUGGAUAAAAAUGAUGUUAAAACAGAUAAAAAAGUUGCCGAUCUCAAAUACGAAAAGGUUGAAAUGAAAACUCCAGAAAAGAAAAUGCGAGAAAGAAAUAUGGUAGGAAAUGCAUGUUCAAUUAAACCAGAGUUGAGGUUAGACCAAGAUCAAACCAACAACCUUAACCGUGCCAAGGAAAAAUCUGAAGUUAUAGAUAAGCUUGAAGUAAAAGAGAAAGAUGUAAAAUCUGAUCAUAAAUCAGAACGAGAAAGAACAAGAGAUAGAUCAGACAGAAAAGAUAGGGAAAAACCAGAAAGAUCCGAAAGAGACAAAAGAGAGCGGUCAGAGAAAUCUGAUAGAGUAGAGAAAGAGAGGUCUCAUGAUCAUCAUAGAAGACACUCAAAGCAUAAAUCUCAUAAAUCAGACAGAAGAGAAAGAGAACAUAGGCACCGAAGCUCGGAAAGGAGACACGACAAACACAAAGAUUCUAAGGAUAGAACAGACAAGUCGAGAGAUGCUAAAGAAAAAGAUGUUAAAAACUGUAUAAAUGUGAAAACUGAUACUAAAUCGGAAAGUGUGCAGAAGACAGUGUCGGAAGAAAAGCCAGUGUGUGUAAAGGAAACAAAAGUUGUCUCUGAUAAUAAGUUGGUGUGUGAAAAGGAGACAAAAGUUGUCUCUGAUGAAAAGUCUGUGUGUGUGAAAGAAAGUGAAAGUGAUAAUCUUCAUCGGCCACCGGAUUAAGCAAAACUCUACUUGGAUGUCACGGUAAGGUCUUAACCUAAGGGUUUAAGUGACUGGGGCCAAAAAUUCAUGUCUGAAUCACCAUUAAAUAAAAUUGUAAAUAAAUAAUUACAAAGUAUGACACAUACUUGAAUCGGUAAUUUUUGGUUUUAUUAAAAUUAUUCUUGAUCAGCGAAACUUAAGAAAAUUUAUAUGAUUUUAAAGCUACUAAAUUUUAUUUCAAAGUAAUAGUUAUUGUAAGUUAGUAAACUUUUCAUUUUAAGAUAUUGGCCAUUUAUGUUAAUCUCAAUGCAAGAGUACGAUCUCAGAAACUUUACCGUAACAUUCAAUCACUUUCACUAGAGUAAGGGUUGUAAAUAUAGUGUAAGACGUCUCUCAGAGGCUAAGCAGUGUUGGUUAAAUGCGCAGUUUUAGUUUUAUUAGAUGAAUUGAGAAAGCUCAAGAUAUAACUCUAACACCUGCAAGCAGGUGACCUGUCUGCUGUUUCAUAAGUAAACAGCCUAAUCAGCUUCAUAUAGCCCCGGUGUUAGUUCUUAUAUAAAAUUUGAUUUGAAGAGCAAAAGCCCCGUUGGCAUAACUUUCAAUACCUACAAUACUUAGACUCUUGGUACAAUUUUGGAAUAAAUCAACCAUUGCAUAUUUAGUUGAAAUUUCACUCUAUUUAUAUAUAUAUAUAUAUAUUUUCUAAUGGACAUUAUAAUGUUACAUCAGUGUAUAGCUUGAACUAAUUUAAUGUUAAAAUGGUUAUUGGACAAAUUAUACAUAAACAUAAUUUGGCUAACAUACAAUUAUUGCACACAUUUCAAAUGCAUAUCUGAAAUAGUAGUAACUAACUCUGUCAAAUGCCUAUAUGACACUAGUUGCUAGUUCUUAAGUCUGUUAGAUGACAUUCAAGAGACAGAGUCAGCAAUAUGAAGAUUACACUAGGUGAUUAUCCCUUUUUAAAAGAUUUUAUAGGAACUAAAACUCCAGUUCUUCCGAACAAAAAUUUGAUUUAUGUGUGCCGAGUAAAAAAUUUAAAAUCCUUUGUCUUGAGCUUUGUCAAUUAUAAUUUUAUUUGAUAUUAUAAAAUUGGCCUUAAUACAUACCUUUUUCUUUAAAAGAUUUAUUUUAUUGUAUUACUACAAUGUUAUAAAAACUAGCGAGAAAUUCAAUUUUUUUUUCUUUCUUCAAAAAUCAUAUUGAACUCAGUUUGGCCUUUAUUUAAAUACACCAUUUAUAUCGGUGUCAUACAUUUUUAUAAGUGACUUAUGUAUUUAAGACUUGGCCGUUACAAUUUUUUUUGAUUAUAUAAAAAGUAAAAAUUCAAUUAAAUAUUAUUAAAGGUAUUGUUUGAGAUUGCUUUUAUCGACCUUUAAUUUUUUUGCCAUUAUAAAGGCCUUUUUGAAUAUAUAUAAAAAUAGUUGUGUAUAUAUAUCUCCAUAUUGUCAAUUUCUUUACCUAAAACUGCGCUAUGAAUGUGAUUAAAAGAGUUUUAACGAAGACGAUAUAAAUUUAAGGAGAAAAUUAAAUUCACGCAUAAUUCUAAAGAUUGCACUAAGUAUUCUAAGGGUUAAAUGUUUUGUGAUUUUUUAAUAAUUUAUUUAUUAUGUUAAUGUUUGCUAGGACUACCAUAAGUUUCUCCAUAGUAUUAUUUGAAAAAUCACAGCUUGCCAGUGAACUCAAGUAAAUAAUUCUAAAUCGGAUUGUUUUUCAAUGUCAUAAUAAUAUGAAUUAGAAGUUUUUGACUUUAUAUGGUCUUGUGUGAGUUUUUAUAAAAGAAACGUUUAUUAAAAUACUCAGAGAUUUUCAAUGUGUUACAAUGGGCAGGAUUUAUAUUCUGCGACUGAUUAUUCAAUGGCGUAAAAAGCUGAAAGGCAAUUUCAUAUUGAAAUCAAUUUUGUGCUUUAUUCGAUAGAUAAACGGAAAUUUAUAACAUAAUAACAAUGGCAGCUGACAGUAAUGACAUUGCUCUGACAGCUAUAAUCCAACAUUAAUGUUUAAUGUUUUGAAGCACUCAAACGGUCGCAAUGGUUACAAUUGUACGUCUCACUGCAGCGGUUUUGGAUAAAUUAAACAUAUGGCUCGACAUUGGCUAAGCCCUGUAUAUAAUAUAAUCCAGUCAAGUAUUAAUAUAAACUCUACUGUAUGUAAUAUACUUUCAAAUACACGGAACUCUUUUAUAGUACUGUAUAACAUCUGUGGAAAUUAUCCUUUGUCAGUUUCAUUGUAGCCUGGAGUUUUUGACAAAUGACGUUUCACUCUGUGACAAUAAAUCUCACACUUGGCCCAUAGAUAAAAGUCACAUCUCUGGUUACAUACAUACAUUUUGUACUAUUACCUUGUGGUAAAAUUAAAGAUUUUCGGUAUACUAUUUGAAAAUAUUGCCUUAUUUAACGUCUGUAUCUCUAAGGUGCCGUUUUAGGCUUUAGUUCUCUUCGUAAAGAGUAGAGGAUUAUCUGAGGGGUUUUUGAUGUAAGGCAUUAUCUUCUGUACUAUCACAGAUAUAAAACAUAUUAUCCGGAAUUAACCGCGUCCAAUCACGAUUCUAUGUGGAUUUAUAUAACCGACCAUGCGGGCUCAAUUAAAAAAAUUUGGUCAUUAAAUGCGUUUAUAUCUGGUUAAGAUGUUUUUAAAUAUAUGAUGACGUAUCAUUUAUCAUUAAACACGCAGUUUUCAUUUUUUUGGGAUAUUACAGUUAUACUAAAUUGAGUAUUGUAUAAUACAAAACUCAUUUUUAAUUGGCUAUUUUCUGGAUUAUUCUUUUAAAAUCCAAUCAAAAUUAUUAUUAUUUUUGUUGCUAUUUUUAAAUUCAUUUGUAUGUUUGAGUUAAAAUUGUUGACUUAAAUAAGGCCUGACAUUCGGUUUCAUUAUUUAACUAACGGAUCCGAUUUUUUAAAUUUUAGAUUCCGAUUUAGUUAAAUAUGACGAUGGGAUAAACGACACGUGCUGAUGUCACACAAAUGUGAUUAAAAAACGUCUAUACGUUAAAUAAUUAUUUAUUGUUUCUCGUACAUAUAUUUUUUGAAAAUAAUAAAUAGAUUUAUGAUA